AUGGCAUCAGGCCAUGUUGAGGCAGCAACAUCUGUUCAAGAGGCAGCAUCUGUUCAAGAGGCAACAUCGACCCCACCAAUUGUUGUGGCUCAUCCUUUGCCUCCGAGACUCGACCUCAACGAUAGGCGACUUAUGGUUCAAUAUCUUCAAGGACAAUGUAUACUCGGGGAACUUGAUUAUGGUGAAAUAACCAAGGCAGCUAAGAUUUUCUGUGUCUCAAGACAAACUAUAUCAAAGUACUGGAACAUGGCAGAAGUUGAUGUAGCAGACUGUCAGGUAAUUAACCUCCAACCUCAAUAUGCUAAUUGUGGUAGGAAACCAGUUGCACUUGAUGUUGAAAAAAUGCUAACUGUACCUAUUAAAGAUAGGACAACACAAAGAUUGUUAGGGAAAGCAUUAGAUGUAGCAGGCUCGACCAUAAAUAGGCACAUCCAGAAAGGUAACAUAAAACCACACACAAACCCACUAAGGCCUGGAAUUUCAGAUGGGAAUGUUCACAUAGACGAGAAGUGGUUUUACUUGAAGAAAGCAAAUCUGAAAGUGUAUUUAGCACCUGGUGAAGAACACCCAUACAGAACUGCACAAUCAAAACAUCAAAUUCCAAAAGGUAUGUUUCUAGCUGGAGUUGCAAGACCAAUAUUUAACACGAAUGGAGUCUGUACUUUUGAUGGAAAACUCGGAAUAUUUCCGUUUACAUAUACGGAACCAGCAAAAAGGAGUUCUAAAAACAGAGCAAGAGGCACACCAAUCACAUAUGCAAUUCAAGGAGUGAAUAAGGACGUAUUCAGGGAGAAACUAAUGACAAAAAUGUUGCCUGCUAUAAGAGAGAAAUGGCCCGUGGACUCAGCUAAAACUAUAAUCAUUCAGGAAGACAAUGCAAAGCCACAUAUUGGGGCUGGUGAUCCACAAUUUUUACAAGAGGCAAACAUAGAUGGAUUCACUUUUAUAUGGCAACCACAAUCACCCCAAAGUCCUGAUCUUAACAUCUUAGAUCUAGGAUUUUUUAGGUCGAUUCAAUCUUUGUAUGAAAAAAAGAUGCCCAAAGACCUCGAUGAAAUGAUUACCGACGUUGAAGAAGCUUUUAAUGAACUACACCCAAAAGUACUCAGCAACGUUUGGCAUUCAUAUCAAUAUGUAAUGCAAGAAAUCAUAAAGGUCAAAGGAGGAGGAAACUAUGUGCUACCCCAUGUAAAGAAAAAGCAGUUAGAGGACGCCGGAAACUUGCCUCUCCAAGUACAACCCGAUGCACAAGCAAUCAAAGAAAGCAUGCAACUUUUGUAUCCAGAAAAUGAAGACUGA